AUGAAAAGUUAUUUUGUGACAGAUUAUGAUCCCACCAUUGAAGAUUCAUACACAAAGCAAUGUGUCAUAGACGACAUCCCAGCUAAAUUGGACAUCCUGGAUACUGCCGGUCAAGAAGAAUUCAGUGCAAUGAGAGAGCAAUACAUGAGAAGUGGUGAAGGAUUUUUGCUCGUGUACGCAGUGACGGAUAGGGCUAGUUUCGACGAGAUGUACAAAUUUCACAGACAAAUCUUACGUGUCAAAGACAGAGACGAAUUUCCAAUGCUGAUGGUCGGCAACAAAGCAGAUCUCGAGACGUCUCGCGUGGUGUCUGUAGAAGAAGCGCAAAAUCUGUCAAGACAAUUAAAAAUACCUUACAUCGAAUGUAGCGCUAAAUUGAGAAUGAAUGUUGACCAAUCCUUCCAUGAACUAGUUAGAAUUGUCAGAAGAUUUCAAUUAUCAGAAAGACAGAUACCAAUUAAAUCCAAUUAUAAGGAUAAAAAUAAGAAAAAAUGCUGCAUCUUGUAA